CCCCCUCAUUGACUGCACAUAGUUCCUGAAGACUUCAACUCGCUGCUCAACACUUGACAUAAGAGAAUGAAAAAGUUAAGAAUGAAGGUUGUUGUCCUACUAAUGCUGUCUUUGUGCCUCACACUGUCUGGGGCACAAGGUGAGGGGACCAGUUUAUCUAACAGUCAGCUUGAAACCUGCUCCUUCAUCAGUGAGCUGGCUGUGCUGAAGGUGAAACUAGACACCAUGGAUCAGAAGCUAGGAGCUGUGGAGACCAGGCUACAAGUCAGCGAGAGCCAGGUGGACAAACUGAACAGUGUGAACAAAGCUCAAGAAAAACAACUGAAAAAAUUAAAGAAGGACAUAGCCGCUGGUCAGCUAAAGGUGGCCUUCUCCGCAGCUCUAAGAACAUCUGGUUCUGGUUACAUAGGACCCUUCACCACUCACACACCCUUGCAGUACAAAAGAGUCUUCUCCAACUUCGGUAGUGGAUACAACCCCGCUACAGGGAUCUUCACAGCCAUGGUCAAAGGAGUGUAUUACUUCCGCUACACUAUGUUCUACAAUGGAAACGCCAACGCUGUCGUGGCUUUGAUGAAGAACGAGGAGUUUCUCGUGUCCACAUGGGACGCUGUGUCAGGAAGAACUGAAGACUCCGCCAGCAAUGCUGUCAUAGUGCAGCUGGAGGUGGGAGACAAUGUCUUCGCCCAGCUCUCAGCUAACAGGAACGUCUACGAAGAUGGCGGAAACUACAACACCUUCAGUGGGUUUCUACUCUUCACCAACUAAUAUUAACAAGUUUACAUUUCAUUUGGCUGUAAACAACAGAAGGGUUUUCAGAAAUUAUAUCACAACUGUAUGAAAGUAAAACGAAAUAAAAAGUCUAGUUGCACCCUGAA